GGGCUGUGGAACGACGAUAUCAUCGUCGCCAAGCGCGUUCCUCGUGACAAGAUCCACGUGAAAAGUCUCAUCAGUCGAGGUGCCUACGGCGAGGUGUACUCUGGACGCUUUAAUCGCCAUCCUGUCGCUAUCAAGAUGUUGAUUCCGUCCACGCGAUGCAGUCUUCCUCACGUCUCGGACUUUCUAGCCGAGGCCAAAAUGACUGCGUCAAUGGACCAUCCCCACAUUGUGAAACUCAUCGGUGUCUCCUGGGACUCACUCUCGGAUCUCUGCGUUGUUCUGGAAUUCAUGGAUGGUGGUGAUCUGCGCGCGUUGCUGAACAAGCAUGAGGUGUCCAAGCAUCCCGUCGGGUUCGACCGCAAGAAGGCUACCGUCGCCUUGCAGGUCUGCCAUGCGCUUACGUAUCUCCACUCACUCAUGCCUCCCGUCAUCCAUCGAGACGUGAAAUCGCGGAACAUCCUCCUCAACCGAGCCAUGGACGCAAAACUGACCGACUUUGGCACCUCCCGAGAACGACUUGACCAAACGAUGACGGCUGGAGUUGGUACGUCGUUGUGGAUGGCACCGGAAGUCAUGCUUGGAGAGCGCUACGACGUCAAAGCAGACAUGUUCUCCUUCGGCGUGGUGUUGUCGGAGCUUGACAACCACACAUUACCGUACACCCGGGCGAAGCAGCGGAGUCAGGACAAUGACGGUCGGCCGAUGACGGAUGCAUCUCUACUGCAGAAAAUCACAACAGGCGCUGUACGUGUCGAUUUCUCAAGGUCAAGUCCUGCUUCCGUUGUCGAGCUGGGACUAGCGUGUGUUGCUGUAAAUCCUGGCGACAGACCAACAGCAGCAGAAGCGCUGUAUCGACUCCAAGUCAUCUUGUCACAGGAUUUG